UCUAUCUAACUCUCUCUCUCCAGCUCUUACCAAAACACAGGAAAAAAAUCCCACAAUGAACUAUUUCCUCUGAAAUCCCACCACCAUCAAAACCUUUUUCACUGAAAACCCACCACCAUCCAACCAAUUUAUCGGAAGUUCUUAAAAAAAAUUCCUAAAAACUCUCCUCCAUUAAACCUUGAAGAGAUGUCUGAUUUACUGUUGUUCAACCAAUUUCGUGUUUGAUAGAAACCCAGUUUCUUUUGAUGUGCAAUUAUCCAGUUUCGAUCUUAAUUUUGUCUACAGUUUGGGUGCUACUGAAAAAGUCUUUGUUCCAGAUCUAUUUGUUCUUCGUAAACGAAGUAUAUUUUCGUUUCUCAAGGAAGGAAGAAGACCGUUUGUGGGCAAGUUUCUGUUGCAAACCGUAACCAAAUUCAUGAAUAGAGCUUGGCCUGGUAUUGGAGAAGAAGCUCUGAAAGGUAGCAUUGAGAAUAAGAUUCAUGGGCAAGAUGGUGACGGAACAAAGAUCGUUGAUGGGAAAUUGUAUCCAGAAAAUAUGGUGAUAACUUCAAAGUUCUCCUUAUAUUUUCGUGAUAAUGUUGGUAUAUUUGACGUGGCUGAUGAGAAAGUUCGGAAGCUGGAGACGAAGUACAAGGAGGUCGGGUUCUGUUCGUGCUUGCAUUCUAGGAUUUGGGCACUUGGAAGGACUCACAUUGAAUGUCUUGGAGGUAUGGUUGUUAAGGGGAAGGUAACCUCUGUCGGGGACUUUGGUGCUGAUGUGCAGCUAUCAACUGGUGUGAAGGAAUUUUGUCCUCUUACACACAUGUCAGAACCUGAAGUCCCAAAGCCUGGGAAGAAAUUCAAGGUCAAGCCACAACUUUCUAUUCUUAGUUCAUUUGACUAUGCUACCGAUGGACUGAUAACACAUGGAUGGAUCAGAAAAGUUGAAACACAUGGGUGAUCUGUGAGCUUCUACAAUGGAGUGCAUGGAUUUGCUCGCCAGUUGUUAUAUAUAAUUGAUCCCUUGUUGUGAUGCAGAGGUUAAACUUGCAUACAGUUCAUUCUUGUGCAUUUGUGCAUAUGCGAUGAUCUUAGUCAGCACUAUGCUAUGUAAUUGCAUUUCAUGAUUUCUUCAUAUUUAUUUAGUGUGUUAAAAGUAUUAUUUGUAUAUGAAAUUAGUUCGUGGAUAAAGAGUAACUAGUUUUCCUUUUUCAAGGACAUAACUUGACAACUUUUCUACCUUAUCUUUUUUUUUUGGUAAUUAUUAUAGAUAGAUAGAGUUAGCUCUGAUGAUUAUCUACUUUAUAAGCCUCCUAAUAUAGUAUUUAAUUAUCGUUUCUUUAGCUAUUUAUUCCCUCUCUUAACCAGGUCUGAAGUUGGAUUAGACCCAGGAUGCGAAGCAAGUUCAAUAUAUCAUGCUGGACAAGUCGUGAAAUGUAGGGUGAUGAGUGCAGUUCUUGCUUCCCGGAGGAUCAACAUUUGUUUUCUUAUGUCUCCAACAAGGGUGGUAGCAGAUCUUCGGCUAGGGAAACCAUUGCAAGAGCUGCAGCUAGAUCUCUUGCCAAGAAAAUCUUAAAGCUGUAUUGCGGAACUGAGGUGAGUCUAUCAUAUAUUUAGAUUGUUGAGGUUAGUGUUUUGGUAUGACCGUAUAUGAACUGAUUUAUUUGUGGUCCACGCUUUCUAUACAAGGAAACAGAUUCACCAGGCAAGCUCCAUUUGCUGUUAGAAACUAGAUGAAUGUGGAUUGUAGAUAUUCAAUCACAAUGUUCUGUAGAGGUAUAUGUGUCUUCGCAUAAUCAUCAUGCUUAUGGUUUUUCACUGCCUAUGGUUUGUUUGUUCAUCUCCAUGUUGAUGUAAGCAAUGAAAUCACCAUGGAAAUGUUGUUGUUAUCUUGAUGAUGUAUCUAUUAUACCACCUAUGUGUAUUAUGUUCGACUAGUCAUGUAACCAAGCAUGCAGAGGUCUGGCAUCCUACUCGUAUUCUGAAUAUAGUUCGAUACCUUUAUGGAUGCCGUCACUCUCUUCCAGAUGGUCCCAUGAGGGUCACUGAUGUCAUGGUUGAUGGUAAGACUGUUGUUCCCGCUGGAUAAGGAAAUGUCGGAAAAGUCUGUGCUACUGCAAUUCUGUUCUCAAGCAUGCUGGUGCCAAGGUCAUAAUGACAUUGUUAAAAGUUUUAGGACUUGUAUCACUUCUCUUUAAGAGACCUUGAACUUGUUAAUUAGCAGCUGAAUCUUUUUUUUCUUUUUAUGAGUUUGGACUAAAUUUAUGAGUAAAAUUCAAUGUAAUUGAGUUGUCAUUUUGUAUUAGAUGAAUCUGGUUUUAUUU